CCUGCGACUAGUCCAGAACAUUGGGCGCUGUUCGGAAAGUUACGUUUGUAGAAAAUUACCGACUAACCGAACAUGUGACGUCCAGUGCAUUCCCAAGUCCCAGCGAUGUGAUGGUUCUCCGCAGUGUCCCCUUCAGGACGACGAAGAAACAUGCCCAACCAAGUGUCAAUCUGGAUCGUUCCUCUGUCCCAGCGGCAAAUGCGCCCCUAUAUGCGAUGGGCAAGCGCAGUGUGACGGACCGGGGGAUAACAACGACGAUGAGAGGAACUGUAGUUGCACAAUGAAUCAGCUUCGGUGUCCUCAUGGUCAGUGUGCAGUCAGAUGUGACGGUAUACCCGAAUGUGACAUGACCCUGGAAUUGGCCAUAGACGAACAAAACUGCUCCUGCAUGACUGGCCAAACCAGAUGCCCGAAUGGUACCUGCGUCACUCCAUGUAACGAGACUCCAGAAUGUAACAAUGGUGAUGACGAAGCUAUAUGUACCUGUCCGCCUGGGAGGUUCACGUGCCCGGACAAUUCAUGUGCGGUGCAGUGUGACGAAAACCCUGAAUGCGCCGACCAGAGCGACGAAGACCGAUUACUAUGCUUUGGAGAUCUGUGCAGACUAGCUACCAACGAUGCAGAAUGCACGGCCUACAGUGAUAAAGUUGCUUUGUGUAAGGGAGGCCAAAAUGGAAUGUGCGAUCCACUGACAGGUCUAGUUCGUCGUAGCCAGGGUGGUGAUGUUUUUGCUUGUCUUUGCGUUUCUUCUGACAAUGAUGUGGGGCCUGACGUUUGCCAGAGACUCGGCUACAGCACUGGAGCACAGGAAGAUGCUGGACCGUUAGGGGAAGUUUGUACAGUGUUCCGUGACUGUCGGGGGUCAGCACUGGUUGCGGACUGUAGUGACACUUCUGAAUGUCCAUCACCUGCUUUUAUUGCUUCAGUCGUCUGUCAACCAUGA